AGGCCGUCCGCUCCGCUGUGGAGCACCUGGAGCUGCUGGGCGCCGUGGAGAGGAAGGAGGGGCAGGUUCUCCUCACCGCUCUGGGGAAGAAGAUGGCGAGUUUCCCUCUGGAGCCUCGAUAUGCAAAGACCAUCCUGCUGUCCCCCGACUACUCGUGCUCCGAGGAGAUCCUGAGCAUCGUGUCUCUGCUCUCAGUGGACACGGUGCUCUAUAACCCUCCCGCCCGGCGGGAAGAGGUGCUCGCCGCACGCAAGAAGUUCUCCUCCAGCGAGGGAGACCACAUGACGCUGCUCAGCAUUUACAGAGCCUUCAAGAAGGUCAGCGGGAACAAGGUGAGCCGGGCUGGACGAGGAGGGGGAGGGAGAAAAUGUGACGAAAAUCCAGAAAUCAAAUAG